AUGGAAUUGGAAGAAAGCGUUAGAGAAAUAAAUGAUAUAGACAAUCUUCCUUUGGAUGUUGAAGAGGAGGCGGAAGAAGUGAGAAAGGCAAAUCAGAAGUUUUGGUUGAAUCUUAAAAUUAGGGAGAACAUGUUAAUCCAAAGAGUGAGAUUGAAGUGGCUCAAUGAUGGUGAUGUAAACAGUAAGUUCUUUCACGCGGUAAUGAAGAAAGGUUUAAGGCGCAAUUUCAUUGGUCCUAUUUCAACCUCGAGGGGACUUCAUAGUUCGGUGGAGGAUGUAAAAGCUGUUGUCUUCGAGCAUUUUGAGGAUAAAUUCAAGGAGACCGAAGGGCAUAGGUCUGUUUUGGAAGGGGAUGUUUUCAAAAUCCUAGAUGCGAAUGAUAAAAAUUCUCUUGAAUUUCCAUUUGAGAAGGACUUUCAUUCCGGGGCUGUUCUAUCUAAAUCAAUAACUUCGUCUUUCUUGGCUUUGAUUCCUAAGUCUAAUAACCUGUUAGACUUAGAUGACUAUAGGCCUAUAUGUUUGGUAGGAUGGAUUCAUAAGAUUAUUUCUAAAGCGUUGGCGGGAAGGCUCAAAAAAGUAAUUGGAAGCGUUAUUUUUAAAAGUCAAAGUGCUUUUGUUCCUGGGAGACAAUUGUUGGACGGGGUUUUAGUGGCUAAUGAGAUGGUGGAUUUUUCUAUCAAGGAAAAGAAACCUUGUUUACUUUUUAAGGUAGACUUUGAAAAAGCUAACGAUAAGGUCAAUUGGGCUUUUCUUCGAAGUAUGAUGAUUAGAAUGGGGUUUGUAGAGAACUGGUUAAGAUGGAUGGAUGCCUUGGUUUUUAAUAGUAGUAUGUCGGUGAUGGUGAAUGGGAGCCCUACUAAAGAGUUCAUGGUAGAGAGGGGAUUGAGACAAUGCGAUCCAAUUUCUCCGUUUCUUUUUGUCAUUAUUGCGGAAGGAUUGAAGGUAUUGGUUAAUAUAGCGGUGGAAAAUGGUGAUUUCGCAGGAUUUUCUUGUAAAGGAGGGACCUUUAUAGAUGUCCUUCAAUUUGCAGAUGAUAUGAUUUUAGUUGGAAACGGUAGUUGGUCUCAUCUUUGGGCCAUCAAAUCGGUUUUGAGAGCGUUUGAAUUGAUUCCGGGGUUAGGCAUAAACUUCCACAAAAGCAAAUUAAUCAGAAUAAACAUUAGCAAUAAUUUCAUGGAGGUGGCUACUAAUUUCCUCGGGUGUAGGAGGGAAGGAAAAAAGUUCACGUUCUUAGGAAUUUCGAUCUGUAGCAAUCCUAGAAGAAUUUCCACUUGGGUCUCGUUGGUGAGGAAAAUUAAGAAAAGAUUGGCAAGUUGGAAAGGAUGGUUUCUUAGUUUUGGAGGAAGACUUACAAUUUUAAAGUCGGUCAGUGGUAGCUUAGCGAUCUUUAUGCUAUCUUUUUACAAGGCACCUAAGAAAGUCAUAAAGGACAUUGUUAAAAUUCAAAGUAACCUCUUGUGGGGAGGAUCGGAAGAAAAAAGGUGUAUUCAUUGGGCGAGGUGGGAUACGGUAUGCCUUCCGAUUGAGAAGGGGGGUUUGGGGGUUAGAAGGAUCAAGGAUUUUAAUUUGGCGCUUUUAUGCAAAUGGAAGUGGAGAAUUCUUAACCAUCCCGAUACAUUGUGGUAUGGGGUUUUGAUAGCUAGAUACGGUGAUGUUAAUCUUACCGUGGUUCAUGGCGGAGAUAAAUGCAAGGGGUCGGUUACCAAGUCGCCUUGGUGGAGCGAUAUUUUGUCUUUGGAGUUGGUUAGGCCUUUAGGCUUCUUCAACUCGACUUGUAAAUUUACAGUGGGAAAUGGUCUUAUUCCUUCGUUUUGGCAUUCCAAUUGGACGCUUCGGGGCAUUCUUGAAGACCUCUUUCCACUGUUAUAUUAUGAAUCUUAUUUGCAGGAUGUUCCGAUGGCUCUAAUGGGAGGUUGGCGUGACGCAACAUGGGGUGCGACAUCAACGAUUAAUCAGCAAGGAGCUUCGGUCUGGAAUGCUUUACCACCAAUUUCACGGCUGCUGCACCAGCAGGGUCCUUCGGACAGUAGGGAUAUUACAGCAGAAAUGAGACUGAUGUUGCAAGUGUUGGACACUGUUAAUCUUGAUCCUUCAAAAACUGAUGUGGCGCAUUUGAUGGCUGAUGCGGAAGGCCUUUUCUCGGUUAAAAGUUCUUACCGUUUUAUAAACGCAGGACAUAUUCUUUUUGGUCCCUCAGGUAAUUAUGAUAAGGCGCUUUGA